AUGACUUCAAGAGACGGUUACCAGUGGACAGAGUCUUCCGGACUCGUUAAAGGCGUACCUAGCAUUGGUGUCAUUCAACCACCGACGAACAUCAAGGACGAGCAGGCAAUCUACGAUGUUAUUGUUGUCGGUGCCGGUUACUGUGGUCUUACAGCAGCCAGAGAUGCUGCAUUGUCAGGUCUCAAAGUGCUAUUACUCGAAGCUCGCGACAGGAUUGGUGGGCGUUCGUGGUCAUCCAACAUCGAGGGAUACCCUUUCGAGUUGGGUGGUACCUGGGUCAGUUGGGGCCAACCUCAUGUAUGGAGAGAAAUCUCCAGAUAUGAUAUGCGCAAUGAGCUGGAGAUCUCUCACGACUAUAGCAGAGGUGUCAAUCACUUUUCACUCAACUCCGCCAGCGGCAGUCGUAACAUGAGCCACGAGGACGAGGAUAGAUUGAUGGAAUCCGCUUUGAACAAAUUUGCCAAUGUCGACGGUCAGCACGGAAGGACUGUUAUGCCAUUCCCGCACAGCGAAAGCUACAGUCCAGAAGCCGCGAAGUACGAUAAGAUGUCUGUCGCCGACCGCAUGGAACAGAUCAAGGACGACCUAUCACCAGACGAACACACUGUCCUGCUUGGAUUUGUGCUGCUAUGCAGCUGCAGCACUCCGGAAAAGACCAGCUUCUACGAGUAUCUGCACUGGUGGGCCCUGUGCAACUACAGCUAUGAGUACUGCAUUGAGUAUCUCAUCAAGUACAAGUUCAAGGGUGGCCAAUCGAGCUUCGCCAUCAACUUCUUCAAGGAAGCUUGUGCGACAGGAAGAUUGUCGUAUGCUUUCAACACACCAGUCGCUACAAUCAAAGACAAUGGAAGUGACGUCCAGGUGACUGCAAGAGAUGGGAAAAUAUACAAGGCUGCCAGACUGAUCUCGGCAAUCCCCAUGAACAUCUUGAAGGACGUUGCUUUCAGCCCAGCAUUGAUUCCAGGGAAAUUGGAUGCUUCAAAUCGCGAGCAUGUGAACAAAUGUGUCAAAAUACAUGCCGAGGUUCGCGACCGCGACUUGAGGUCAUGGAGUGGUAUCACAUACCCGAACAAUAGCUUGAUGUAUGCUAUUGGUGACGGCACGACCCCUAGUGGCAACACUCAUAUCGUUGCUUUCGGCGGUUCGCAUAACAACAUCCAGCCAGAAAAGGACAUCAACAAGACCAUGCAGGCACUUCAAACGUUGACUCCCAUGGAUAUCGAACGAGUGGUAUUCCACAACUGGGCAGAUGACGAGUUUGCAAAGGGCGCUUGGUUCUUCUCUCCUCCAGGCCUUGUGACUGAGCAUCUUGAGGACCUCCGAGCUCCACAAGGCAACAUGUACUUUGCCAAUUCGGAUUGGGCGGUAGGCUGGAGAAGUUUUAUUGACGGCGCCAUUGAGGAGGGCACUCGAGCGGCUCUGGCAGUCAAGAGAGACAUUGACAGAACUCGAUUUGCACAUCUCUAG